GCUCCCGACCCCAGAUGCUAGCCAGACUCCUUCAUCGACGGCGAUCUCACCGCGGACCACCGCACGACCCAUACAGUCCCAAAACGCGUGCUCAUCGGAGCUUACAAGGAAGGGUGGCAGGAAAGCCAAGAGCCGCCCGGGAGAGCUCCCGGGCUCGGUAGAAGCGAUCAAGCGGGAAAGGAACCUGGAACGCAACAGAAAUGCGGCGGCCCGCAGCCGCAAGCUUCGAAAGGACAAAAAUGCCAACCUUGACGAGGCAGGUCUUCGGCUUGACACUUUUCAGAUCCACCUCACAGUCGAGAGAGACGUGCUGAUGGAAGAGCUGGUAAAGACGGUGGUAGAACUCAUUGACCUGGCUCAUCUGAGAUACAAGCAGGGGGCUGAAAUUGCAGCGGAAGCCCUUCGAAAGAUGCAGAACGGUAAACCGGACGGUACAUUGUUUCCUUUCCAUAUGUGGUUGGCGCUCAACACCUACUAUAGCCAAGCGGAGCUCCGAAAACUACACGCAAUGGGACCGACUUCUGGAUGUCGAGAAAACGUUCAAGAACAGGAUAUGAACAAUAUUAUUGACGAAGCCAACAAGGAACGUCAAUACGCACACAACUUCUCAGAAAAUGCCCUUCGAGUGCUGCAGAAUGGUUUGCCAGACGGCAGGCGCUAUCCCUUGAACCUGUGGACGUCGCUUCGUGGCCUUGUUUCCGAAGAGUCACUCUAUGAGCUGUCCGAGAAGGGGCCCACUCCCCAUUACUGGAGGUCCGAUUCAAUGCCGAAACCUGAUCCGAGGAAGGCUCGGCGAGCACAUGACCCAAACUGGAAGAAUGUGCCAGCAGAAAGCCCACGUAAGUGCUGGGUUUCUUCCUGUAUUUCUCAUCCGCACAUAGAUACCAACAAUCUUUUCCUGGUGUUCGAUAGGGCCGCAUUUAGCCUUGAAUGCAGCACGGCAAACUAUUGUGAAGAUGUCACUGCGAGCUCGUCAGUUGUACUAUCAUGGCACGCGGGGCAUGAAAAAGGUGGCACACUAAUUCUAGAACAAGCUGUCUUGUGUGUACACCUGUCUGCCACUGUUUAGGUUACUUCAAUGUAUUUUCAGGGAUCUAAAGAAGAUAGAUGCCCUUGGUCUUGGGCUAUGUGGAACUUUGUUGAAGCACUCCAUGCAGUGGCAGACAGCUGUACACACGGACAAAGUACUUGAUGAGUGUGCCACUUUUUUCGUACGUGCAUGGCUGUCGCUGUACCAUGAAA